AUGAGCGGCGCCCAGGACGAGAGCCCGGAGGCCGCGGCUGGCCGGGCCGGCGAGCGCCCGGCGGCCGAGCCUGCCGGCGGCGCCCUAAGCGUGGACGUGCCGGGGCUGCUGGCGCAGCUGGCGCGCAGCUUCGCGCUGCUGCUGCCGGUGUACGCGCUCGGCUACCUGGGCUUGAGCUUCAGCUGGGUGCUGCUGGCGCUGGGGCUGCUGGCCUGGUGCCGCCGGAGCCGCGGCCUCAAGGCGAGCCGCCUGUGCCGCGCGCUGGCGCUGCUGGAGGACGAGGAGCGCGCCGUGCGCCUCGGGGUGCGCGCCUGCGACCUGCCGGCCUGGGUUCAUUUUCCAGACACUGAAAGAGCAGAAUGGCUAAAUAAGACUGUAAAACACAUGUGGCCUUUUAUUUGCCAGUUUAUAGAGAAGUUGUUUCGAGAAACGAUUGAGCCAGCCGUGCGCGGAGCGAACACCCACCUUAGCACCUUUAGUUUCACGAAGGUCGAUGUGGGUGAACAGCCUCUUCGGAUCAACGGUGUUAAGGUGUAUACUGAAAAUGUAGACAAAAGGCAAAUCAUUCUGGACCUCCAGAUUAGUUUUGUAGGAAAUUGUGAGAUUGAUUUGGAGAUUAAGCGAUAUUUUUGUAGAGCUGGUGUGAAAAGUAUACAGAUCCAUGGUACCAUGCGAGUGAUCUUGGAGCCACUGAUUGGAGACAUGCCUUUAGUCGGAGCUUUAUCUAUAUUCUUCCUUAGGAAACCACUUUUAGAAAUUAACUGGACAGGACUGACUAAUCUGCUGGAUAUCCCUGGAUUAAAUGGUUUAUCAGAUACUAUCAUUCUGGAUAUCAUAUCAAACUAUCUGGUGCUUCCUAAUCGAAUCACUGUUCCUCUUGUCAGUGAAGUUCAGAUAGCUCAGUUACGGUUUCCUAUACCAAAGGGUGUUCUAAGGAUACAUUUUCUUGAAGCUCAGGAUCUUCAGGGGAAGGAUACUUACCUUAAGGGACUUGUCAAGGGAAAAUCAGACCCCUAUGGGAUUAUUCGAGUUGGCAACCAGAUCUUCCAAAGCAAGGUCAUCAAAGAGAACCUUAGUCCAAAGUGGAACGAAGUGUACGAGGCUUUAGUAUAUGAACAUCCUGGACAAGAAUUAGAGAUUGAGCUCUUUGAUGAAGAUCCAGACAAGGAUGACUUUCUAGGAAGUCUUAUGAUUGAUCUUAUCGAAGUUGAAAAGGAGCGCCUUUUAGAUGAAUGGUUCACGCUGGACGAGGUGCCAAAAGGAAAGCUGCACUUGAAACUGGAGUGGCUCACAUUGAUGCCAAACGCUUCAAACCUUGAUAAGGUGCUAACAGACAUCCGAGCUGAUAAAGACCAAGCCAAUGAUGGUCUUUCUUCUGCACUGCUGAUCUUGUAUUUGGAUUCAGCAAGGAACCUUCCGUCAGGGAAGAAAAUAAACAGCAACCCAAAUCCUCUUGUCCAAAUGUCAGUUGGGCACAGGGCCCAAGAGAGCAAGAUUCGGUACAAAACAAAUGAACCUGUGUGGGAGGAAAACUUCACCUUCUUCAUUCACAAUCCCAAGCGCCAGGACCUUGAAAUUGAGGUCAAAGAUGAACAGCAUCAGUGUUCUCUGGGGAACCUGAAGAUCCCUCUCAGCCAGCUCCUUGCAAGCGAUGACAUGACCGUGAAUCAGCGAUUCCAGCUCAGUAAUUCAGGUCCAAACAGCACUAUAAAAAUGAAGAUUGCCCUCAGGGUACUCCAUCUUGAAAAGCAAGAAAGGUCUCCAGACUACCAACAUUCGGCUCAAGUAAAACGACCCUCUGUUUCCAAAGAAGGGAGGAAAAUGCCUGUCAAAUCCCAGGUGUCUGUAUCCUCCGGCACCGGUGGCAGCAGCACGGCUCCUUCCACUCCAGUCAUUGGGGGUGGAGAUAAGCCUGGUGUGGAAGACAAAGCCCAGCCCCCUGAAGCCAGCCCAACGGCCCCACGUGACUUGGGCCGAAGCUCCUCCAGCCUCCUGGCCUCUCCGAGCCAUGUCUCAGCGAAGGAGCCCACCCCUAGCAUAGCCUCAGAUAUAUCAUUGCCCAUCGCCACCCAGGAGCUGCGGCAAAGACUGCGACAGCUCGAAAAUGGGACGACCCUGGGGCAGUCUCCGCUGGGGCAGAUCCAGCUGACCAUCCGACACAGCUCACAGAGAAACAAGCUCAUCGUGGUCGUCCACUCGUGCAGAAACCUCAUUGCCUUUUCUGAAGAUGGCUCUGAUCCAUAUGUUCGCAUGUAUUUAUUACCAGACAAAAGGAGGUCAGGCAGGAGGAAAACGCACGUGUCGAAGAAGACAUUAAACCCAGUGUUUGAUCAAAGCUUUGAUUUCAGCGUCUCGUUACCCGAGGUGCAGAGGAGAACCCUGGACGUGGCUGUGAAGAACAGUGGCGGCUUCUUGUCCAAAGACAAAGGGCUUCUUGGCAAAGUGCUGGUUGCCCUGGCAUCGGAAGACCUUGCCAAAGGCUGGACCCGAUGGUAUGACCUCACAGAAGACGGGGGGAGACCACAGGUGGUAACGUAGCCGCACCGGACGUGAGGCACCCUCCUUGGUGUGUUGCGCGCCUCUGCUCAGAACACAGCCCUCUCACAGACAAACCAACAUUAUUUUUAUAGUUUCAUGUAUUCAGUUAUACAUACCUUAAUAGUUUUAUAGAACUGUUGCCAUACGAGGCAAAUCUGGCCAACAUUAUCAUGAAAUUUUGUUUGUUAAAUUUCCUUUAUGAUUUCACCAGUUAUGACAUUGUGCAAUAGGAUAGUAGUUACUUGUGUUAUGUAAACUGUGUCCGUUGUAUCUAAGGAAACGUAUAUAUGUACACGCUUUAUUGUUGCCUUGUUUUGUAUAUCACUGAGGUGUACUAUGCCAUGUAAAUAGACUCUAUUUUUUAUAAUCUCUACAUGCUGAUUUGAAUUCAGAAGAAAAUGGAUCAAGGAAAUAUAUAUUUUCUUCUAAAACUUAUUAAAUUCUUGUGACAAAUAAUCAUUUUCAUCUUUGCACAAAAAGUUCUCUGACAGUGACCUAUUUUGUGGUGUUUCUUUCUAAAUAGAAAAACUUCAAGAUUAUUAAUAUUCGUAUAUUUCUGCCCAUUAUGAAUGAUAAAGUAUUCAAAAUAUUAACAUUUUCAUAAAUAUAUAGAUGUAUUAUUGAGAAAUCAGUUGAAGGGCUUCUAAGGAAAAUGUUUAAUAACUGAGUAAUAUAAAGUAUUAAGAGAGUUGUCAUGGUUUAUAAACCUUAAUGUACUAAUCUGAUAUUUCUUACAUACAAUGAAAUGUCUUAAGUUUAUUUUUAAUUGGUUAUUGUAACUUAUUCAUGAAAUAGUGCACAGAUACACACAUUAUACUUUUCCUUAAAUAUAGGGGAACAGGCUUUCAAUGUUAGCAAUUAAGCUAUUGUCGGUCAUGAGCUGUGUUCAUUUCUAGUGUUUUCCAACCCAGAAAGAGAGCUGCAUGAUGUUGUUCUGAAGGCGAAGUGGGUCAGGGCGAGUGGAUAGGAUAUUGCACUACAAACUAAUAGCUCAUUCACUCCCCUGCUACUGUGAGGAGAACCUAGUUGUACAUCAUACAUAGGAUGUGUCAUCUUUGAAGUGGAGCGUGGUGCCAUCCUGCCGAUGCAUGGGCCCCUGCAAGAACCCAGGGGUUUGACCCAGCGGCCAAGGGUUUUAAGUAACCCUUCAUGGGAUUCCUCACUUUAAGCCAUGACUGACUUUAAUAAUGGGGUGUGGUUAUACAAUUUUUAUUUUGAGAUCGUUUUUCCUUUCUAGACUGUUAACAGCAUGUUUUGUAUACUUAAGAAUACCCCAGACCUCUUGUGAGGUGAGGCUGCCUGGCAGUGUCGUGAGCUAUGCAUGUCUAUAAACAAAGUGUGCACAUAUGCAGGAAGGUUUUUCCGUGUCUGUUUUAAGCUGUGUGAUGAAAAUAGCCAUGAGAACAUUCUAAACUAUGUAUCCACGUCCCGGGGAACAUGUAGCUUUGUAACUGAAAUUGGAGAUGUAACUGAGGGACACUCCUAUGACCAAACAUACCAAAGUGCCUAUGGUGGAUGCUGGUGGUUAUUUCUACACUCUCCUCCCUGGCAGCAGAUUUCCAUUUUAUGUCAGUUUCUAGCUUACACUUUGAACCAUGUGUUUAUUUAUAGGCAGUUGAUAGCUUCACAACACAUUUCAUGUUAAUCAUAAAGACCAGUACAAUCUCACCGUCUCCUGUUUAAUGACACUUUAUCCUGAGGCCACUUUCUAAAUAAUUUCCUAUAAGUGUAUAGAGUUGAUCAUUCUAGGGGGAAGUUGGUGGAUUUGUUGCACAUACAUAUGAACCUGUAUGCACACAAAACAUUUAAGGUAUUUCAGUAGCAUGAGAAAGACAAGUAAUAGCUUGUCAAAUCUAACUGCUUACCCACGCUAUUGGACUUUUUGAAGGUUUGUUUUUUUUUUUUUAAUGAGGUCUCUCGAAGGGCUUCAGUCACUAUCUAUAAAAGCGGAGAAACACUUGCUAGACUUUCACCAUGCCAGUACUUAUCAGCAUCCCAAACAUCUGGGUUUGACACCCCUCUACUUAAUCUGUUCAGUGUGUAUUCUACUUACAGGGAUGCUUUACUUACGCAAUCAGGCAAAACAAAUACAACUGCAGGUACGAAGCCCACGGGAAGCCAGUUUAGUAGCACAGUGCACUGACCUCUGACACUCCGAGGUUGGGAGGGCCUCUCAGGGGUUGCACACAAGGUUCCCACCUGCAGGUCUGAGGCCUCUGGUGGCUCUCUCCGUUCUCUGAACAGAAGGAACGAAAGGGGAUGACUCCAAGGCACUGGAGCCCUCCCAGAUGAGCCCUCCCUUUGUAUUGUGUGGGGAUGGUUUAGAAUUACCUUCAAGGCCAUACUCUCAGCACUCCAGGAUCCUAAUGGUGAACACACUCUCAAGUUGUUCUCAAAAUGCUGAUUUUUAGUUUUAAUAACCAACUUAUCUAGGAAAA